GCAAUCGAGACGUCCGUUUCGUGGUCGGUGGUGUCCAGCAGCAUGAGCUUGCUCAUAGUUCUGGCCGCAUUGGUGGCGUCGACGAUCGCCGAGCCAUACGAGGACAGGGAAUACUACCAAUACAAAGGACCACUGGCGCCAUUGACCAGCGAUGGGAUGGUGAUGGACACGCCGGAAGUGGCCCACGCGAGGGCUGCACAUUUGGCGUUGCACGCCGAGACUAUGGCCAGAUUGAGGAAAAUGGCUCAGAACGAUUACGAGAUGUACGAGAACAACGAGAUGUCGUACGUGCCGCAGACGACGAUGGAUCCCAUGGCGGUUGUGGCGCAGAAACGACAGAGACAGAGGACGUACCCUCCGGAGGAGGAGGAAGAGGAGGACGCACCCUCCGAAGAGGCCUGCAAAACGUGCGACCCGCCCGAGAUGACGGAAGCGAAGAGCCCGCGCUUAGCCACGCACGCGCGAUCAGCCUCAAAGGCGUCCGAGUUUUACGAAUUCGACAUUUUUGACGGUCGAAGGAACUUGGUGUAUCUCGCCCCUGUCCGAGUGACCUACAAACACGCUCCAGCGAUGGGUUACCGAGGGCCGUUGGCUCCACUGGGACCGGACGGUCGUGUGAUAGACACGCCGGAAGUAACAAGGGCACGCGAAGCGCACAUGAAAGCUCACGCUCGCGCUGUAGCGCUCUCGACGCAAAACGAUCUUUACUAUUGAAAAAACCAACGGAAACGAAAUUUCCCUUUGUUAAUUCAAUGAUAUUUCGGUAAACAGGCACGUACGAUACUUUGAGCAAGCAAUUUUUAUACAUUUCAUUCGAAAUUUGCAGUGUAGAAGAAACUUGAGAGUCCGAGAGUUUAAAAAAAAAUUCCCAUCAGGGGAAUUUAGUAACGAAAAUUGUUGAUAACUCGAGAUACUAAUAACAGAUAGUUUCGUUGAUAGUUUC